AUGCAGGAAUUAAGUACUCCUACGAAAGAUCAGAGGCUUAUGUCUUCUUCAAUUCACGAUCCUCUCUCGACGACUGAAUUACCAACACCUACGAGCCAAACAACGGUCGAACUCUUAAGCAAUGAGAUUAAGAAGACUGAAAGUGUCGAUUCAGGAGUAGUUUUACUGACUCCUGGCUCAAGCCCUAACACAACUCGUGGAUCCAGCGAUAUGGUAAUGUCAAGUGAUCAAACACCUGGUUCCCAACGUAGACAUUACCAAGGUGUACAUUCUCAGUAUACAAGUCAAAACAACGACUAUUACAUGAAUGCUCAAACCGAACAAUAUAUUAACGAACCUAUUACUCAAACUCGCUUCCCAGAAUCUAAUACUUAUAUAAGUAACAACAAUGUUACUGGUGUCCCGCAGCCUAAUCCUUAUUUAUCCGGUUCAUACUAUCCUCCUUAUUAUGCCUCUCAACAAGCACCAAGUGGACGUGCUGAUGUCGGUGCUUACCGUCCUCCAUAUGGUGUUUCUGCUGCAACACCUUCUUGCUACGGGUCGCAAUGGCAGACUCAGCAGCCUAAUCAACAUUAUCCAAUGAAUGGAACUCAUCCUUAUAUGAAACCUUAUGUUUCCAAUGGAGUUACACAGCAGCUAAUGGCUGUACAUGCCCCUCAGAACACUUCAAUGUAUCCUCCAGUAUCCCAGGUAGGACAGCCGAAUGUUCCAUAUUUAAAUCAACCAGCCUAUAUGUCUGUGCCUCCUAAUCCAGCUGUCUCUCGAAACUCUUCGGGAUACCAUGCAACCUCCCCAAAUAUGCCUCCUUAUACACAACCAAGAGAAACUCCACGUUCUGAAUCCGAGGAUACAUUCAGAACGGACAUUGACGUAAAACCCGAAACAAAGCAGCAAAAUGCUUAUCUCACUCGCCUUGUGUCUAUGCAUCCUGCCAUUCCUCCAGCUAUUCCUAGUAUGUUUCCCAUAUCUCAGGAAGAAAAAAAGACGGAAAAUCCAGGCAGAACAAAGAAUGUUUACAUUCGUGGCCUUCCCCCUUCUACUACCGAUGAAACUUUACUGCUGUACUGCAACCGCUUUGGUAAAGUUAUGAGUAGUAAGGCCAUUAUUGACGUUAGUAGCAACAUGUGUAAAGGCUUCGGCUUUGCUUGCUUUGAAGAGCUCAAGUCCGCAGCAUUAUGCAUAUCUGCUAUGACCUUGUGUGGAUAUCAAUGCUCGUUUGCUAAAGAGAGUUUUAGCGCCAGGUUGCAAAACCUUCAAGAUAAGGAAAGUACGAAUCUCUAUAUUUCAAAUCUUCCUCUCCGCUGGAACGAGGAUGAUAUUUGCAACCUUUUCAAACCGCAUAGAAUCGUAUCGAAUCGUGUGCUUCGUGAUUCCAAAAAUCAAUCUCGAGGCGUUGGUUUUGCUCGUAUGCAGGAUCGCUUCGUGGCUGAGGAAAUCAUUGAACGUUUCAAUGAUUAUUUCAUUGACCCAACCUUACCUCCUUUACAAAUUCGUUUUGCAGAUUCUGCUGAGCAAAAGAAAUUUAAAGGUCAGACUCAGAAAAGACGUAUGUGGCGUGCUCGUGAGUAUAAUGUUCUCACCAAGAGUAUUACGGCUUUAAACGAUGCAUAUACAAAAAUAGACCGGACAGAAGCGCCAUCUGUGUCUAUGUAUCCUAAAAUGAAUUUGUAUAUGCCUGUAGACAACAAUGUCUAUGCCAGCAGUCCAGUUUAUGACAAUUAUGGCUGGCAGAAUAUGUAUCCUCCGGCCUCUGCAUAUCCGGUGAAUCAUGAAACUUCAAUACCCAAGGUUGCUUACCCGGGAUAUAAAGUGCAGAGCAACGUGGGUGCUGCAGGUGUUAACUAA